UCUCCGAGGUGAAGGUCAGCUGUGUGUGACGCUUUGACACGGUGUUGUGGUACUGUAAAAGUCGGAUGAUUGUAUGUGGUAUCACUGUAAUAUGGUGGAGAGGCUUAGGUAAGCCUUGGUGUGGUUGCUGUGUUGAGCAUUGACGUGGUGUGUGGAAGAAUCGUGGUGAUAUGAAGCUUGAGAUCUGAGCUUGGUCGCAGAAAAAGUGAGUGUAUGAUGAUCCAGAAAGGCUCCAGACAAGUAGUAUCUCCACUGAACCAAUGAGCUACCAAGGAUUCAACAUGUUUUCUGCAUUUCGCAAAUUAACGGGGCGGGCGGCGGAGGGCUCGGCCAACCCCACAUCCCCUCCAGGCAUGCAGACCAUGGCGGCAUCCCUCCAGCGCCGCUUUGCCCGUGGGGUGCAGUACAAUAUGAAAAUAGUGAUCCGGGGUGACCGCAAUGUGGGGAAGUCAUGUCUGUUCCGCCGCCUCCAGGGUCAGCCCUUCCAUGAAGAAUACAUCCCAACAGAGGAGAUUCAGGUGGCCAGUAUACAGUGGAACUACAAGGCCACUGAUGAUGUUGUCAAGGUGGAAGUUUGGGAUGUUGUUGACAAGGGGAAGAAGAAGAAAAAGAUUGAGGGGCUGAAGCUGGACAAUAGCAGCCUGGAGUUUGAGGAGCCAGCCCUGGAUGCAGAGUUCCUGGAUGUGUACAAAGGCACCAAUGGUGUCAUCCUAAUGCUGGAUAUGACCAAGAGCUGGACCUUUGACUAUGUGCGGAAAGAGAUAUUAAAUGUGCCGAGCCACAUCCCAGUGCUGGUGCUGGCCAACCACCGUGACAUGGGCCACCACAGAGUUGUCUCAGAGGAUGAUGUGCGCUUCUUUGUGGAAAGUCUGGAGAGGCCUGAUGGAGCUGCUGAUAUCCGAUACACCGAGUCCUCAAUGCGAAAUGGUUAUGGCCUGAAACUGCUUCACAAAUUCUUCAAUCUGCCAUUCCUUCAGCUGCAGCGAAUCACCCUCCUCCGCCAGCUGGAGACCAACACUGCUGAGAUUGAGGCCACAGUGCAGGAGCUUGACCUCUACCAGGAGAGUGAUGAUGCAGACUAUGACAUAUUCUUGAACCAGCUGACUGACCGGCGGCGGGUGAUGGCGGAAUCUCUUGGUCCUGUAGCCCAGGCUGCUGCUCCUACAAACACAGUGCCCUUCUCUCAAUUGCAGACCCCCAGCGGGACAGCAGCUGGCAGAGUCAGUCCAUCGGUCAAUGGUGUUCCAAAAUCAGCAUCUGUACCAGUAAGCCUUUCAGCAGCAGCUCCCACCACUCAGCCUUCAUCUGCACCUGCUUCCAGCCAGCCACCCAGCACUUCCACUCCCAGCAAGCAGCCUCCCAAGGCUGCCUCUGUCAUGGCUGCUUCAUCAACAGAGAGCACAACUGUGACAUCCACCACCCCUAGUGUCACCAGCACCACCCCCACCACUAGCACGCAAGCACCAAAGUCUUCCACACAGAGCCCAGAGAAGACCCAGGAAAAGACAAGCUUUAUGUCUCGCAUAUUCAGCAAAGGCAAAGAACAAGAGCAGCCCAAGGAGGCACCUUUGGUAGUGGCAGAGGCUGCAGCAGCUGCUACUGAGCCUGUGUCUGUAGAUGACUUUGUUCCCGACGGCGGGCGACUUGACCAGUCCUUCCUUAAUGAUGUGGUAUCGUCCUCAGUAAAGGAAUCGUCAUCGCCACCUGUGCUAGUUGAAGAAGACAGUGAGGACGAAUGUGAUGGAAAUCCAAUGGUAUCAGCCUUCCAGGUUGACCUUGAUCCAGAUGACCUUCAGAUGGGGUCAGGAGUGGGUAUUAUAGCAGAGGAGGAAGAGGAGAGUAAGGAUGAGUCUGAUGAUUGUGGGGAAGUAACCUCCACUACCAGUGAAAAGCUUUUAGACUGUGCUUUUCCAGGACAGCGUUUGAACAGUGCCAAUAGUGAAGGAGUAAGAACUAGUAACAAGAGUGCAAAGUGCCUGGCAAACCCCAUGAUAACCGAGGUGCAGGAUCAGCACAGCCCAUUCCUUGACUUUGAGGCAGAUCCAUUUACCCUAACACAAAAUAAGCCUUCCAGCACAACACCUGGGGUCAGAGAGACUGAGGAGGAGAAGGGGAACCACCUGGAUGACUGGCUCAACUCAGACGAGGGCACUAUUGCAAACCCUUAUGUCUCCACCUCCAACAUUAUGCCAGAGGGAGCUGCCUUAGAUGAUUCUGACCAUGAAGGAGGUGCACCAGCGGAAGGCAGUCGGAUCCUUGAGAAAGCAGAUCCUCACAGUGGCAGCACGUCCAGGAGUGACAGUCCUGUGGAGUCUUCAGAGCGUAAGAAGAGACACAAGAGGAAAGAUAAGGAUAAAAAAGAAAAGGAUGAAGAUAAAUCUAUCAUAAAGCGUAAAAAGAAAAGCAAAGAUAAAGAUAAAGAAAAGGAAAAGGAAGGUGAAAAGAAAAAGAAGAAGAAAAAGAAAGACAAAGAUAAAGAUGGUUUGGAGGAAUUCUUCAAUGGAUCACCUGAGAAGGAAUUUGAUGAGGCUUAUGAAGCCAUCUAAUCCUGCCAUUAUUUUCCUUGUUAUAUCUUUUUUCAUAACUUUCAAAUGUGUAUAAUGUGAGUUCCAUAUUUCCUGCCAUAUGAUUUUCAUUUGUGUAUGAAACUUUACCUGUGAAUUGAUAAGGGUCUUUUAUACCAGGCUGCCAGCCCCCACACAGGGUUGCCCACAUCAUUGAGUCACACAUCUUACCUCUCAGUCCCCAGUGGAAAGGGAUGGACUUGUGGACAACUCAAGGGUGUAAUUACAUAAGUAAGGUUAACUAGAUAUUACCUAAAUUUGUAAGUAACAAGGUUUUUGGUAACAUCUUGUAAGACAAGUGCUAAAGAUAAAAUAAAGAAGCAUUUUAUAUAAGAGAUAUUCAGAAACACAGUUUGAUGUCAAAAAUUCAAGUUUUUGCAUCUAUUUCUACUUCUCAGCCUUGAAUAACUAACAGACCCAGACUGAGGAGUAUAAUGUGAUGUGUGUUUUUUAAAGCAAUCUUUUUAAAGAAAGGCAUGUUCAUAAACAUAUAUGGCAGGAAAUAUGGCAUUUGGAGCAAAUGGAGUCUGUAAGUAAUAUAAUCAAAGGAUUUGUGAA